CGCUGUCUGUCGUGCGGUCGUGCGUCUCCCCGAGGCUGUCUCGAUGGGUGUGAACCUCUUGUAUUAAAUCGCCGGAGUACUGUGGUGCUGUAAAUUCCCAAGCAAGUAGCUCACUCUUGUUAUUCCCACUCGAAAUACUGUCCACGUGUCGUCACCGCGAACGCGACAACCCGGCCGAGACCGCGAAAGAUAACCCGAGCAAGUCGCUGAUGUGCCUCUUUCCUGCUCUUUCCGUAUCUUUCUUUUUGCUUUCUACAAACAUCGCAGUGGCGAGACAGCUCACGUCCGAAACCUCUUGAACGGUCGUCCUAAUAUCUUUUAAUCCAACAUGGGAAGGGACCGCGGCUUGAGCAAAGGAAAGAAGGAUUCCUUCAGCUACCAGCCACCUGUCGACCAUUAUAGGAAGACUAUAGGAAAACAGGACUACAAGAAAUCCAGGACAGAACUGAAAGAGUCGAAGAAGCGAGCGCAGUCGAAGAAGACCACAUCGAAAACGUACAGGGAAAUUGGCAAAAUGUUGGCGGUCCUGAUUGCAGCUUUGUCUCUGGGCUACUUCAUUUCCUACGUGUUCCUGACUCAAGGCAUUUCCUCCCUGUGGAGCUCGCCCCUGAAAUGAACAGACGGCAGCUUGGUUGUCAGCGGAAGCAGUUCCUACAUUGAGACCAUGCUGAAAUGUCGCUGGGAGCUUUUUACCUUUCCAAGUCACAUGCACUGCCAUUCUUGCAUUCCGCGUGUGGUUUGCACGUUUCUCAUUUGCUCCGAGAAAGAUGUGUGCUACGGACUAUGAGUCGCAUAGUUGCUUCCCCAUCUUAAGGUUGCAAUAAUGGAUCCUUCUAUGGUUUUUACUUCCGCAUUCAUUUUUCGAAGAACUCGGACGGUCGUCGCAAAAGUUACACGUGACCGUCCGGACUGAUCUCACAGAAUUCUAGUACAAGGCAUACAUAUGCGAUUCCGCACAGAGCUUGUGGGUGUUGCAACUGCCAUAUCGAGCUUCACUCCACUUUUGCUUUGGGACCAAUCUAUUUACGACACAGUGCAAAGAAAUAAAAUGCUAUACGUUGUACAA